UCUCAUGUGGUUUACAAAAGUACACCAGUGAGAGGGGUCAAAGGACGUCAUAUUUAUCAUUCAGAAAGUAGUGAUAAAUAGGAGCAGACAUCGCCAAGGUCUCAAAGGACAAAUAUUUUGAGAAUCAUCACACCUUUCACCCUUAGAAAUGUCUGAACCAAUUCGUGUCGUCGUCACCGGAGCCGCCGGUCAAAUCGCCUACUCCCUCCUGUACAUGAUCGCAAAAGGGGACGUCUUCGGCCCCAACCAGCCCCUCAUCCUCCACCUCCUCGACAUCCCCCCCAUGAUGGGGGUCCUGGAGGGCGUAGUCAUGGAACUAGCCGACUGCGCGUUGCCCCUUCUGCGGGGCGUAGUCCCUACCGCCGACCCGGCCGAGGCUUUCAAGGGGGUCGUUGCGGCGUUCCUAGUGGGGGCCAUGCCCCGCAAACAGGGAAUGGAGCGCAAGGACCUGCUCUCAGCCAACGUGAAAAUCUUCAAAGUCCAAGGCGAAGCCCUAGAUAAACACGCCGACAAAAACGUCAAGGUUUUGGUCGUUGGAAACCCCGCAAACACCAACGCUUUGAUCUGCUCCAGGUUCGCCCCUUCUAUCCCUAGGGAGAACUUCACAGCUAUGACACGCCUGGACCAGAAUCGGGCGCAGGCCCAGAUCGCCGCACGAGUCAAUGUCCCAGUGGCCAAUGUUAACAAUAUUGUCAUCUGGGGCAACCACUCCUCCACCCAGUUUCCAGAUGGGUCCCAUGGGCAGGUCAAGAUGGACUCGGGGAAGACCGUCUCGGUCAGGGAGGCUGUGGGGGACGACGCGUGGCUGCGAUCAAUUUUCGUGGAAACGGUGCAAAAAAGGGGGGCUGCCGUCAUCAACGCCCGGAAAAUGUCCUCGGCAAUGUCCGCCGCCAAAGCUGCAGGGGACCACAUGAAAGACUGGUUCCAUGGGACCCCAGCUGGGCAGUUCGUCUCCAUGGGGGUCGUCAGUGAUGGGAGCUAUGGUACCCCUAAAGACGUCGUUUUCUCGUUCCCUGUCGUCAUUAAAAACAAGAAGUGGGAAAUUGUUAAGAAUCUUCAGAUUGAUGAUUUCGGCAGAAAGAUGCUAGACAUCACUGGGAAAGAAUUGGAGGAAGAGAGGGGCGAAGCACUUGCGAUUAUUGGAGCAUGACUCGUAAAUAAGCUUUAAUAAUUCAAACUAGGUUUUAAAAUUGGAAAGAUUAUUUUUAUACAAAAAUUCAUGUGCGUGCUUUAGGCCCGAACCGAAAUUGCAUUUUUGAGUAGCUAGUUUGAGUUAUUAAGGCUUUUUGCUGGUUUUGGGCAAUUAUUUAAUGUAUUUUUGGUGUUUUGUGUUUCGUGGCAUGGCAUUAAAAUAGUAGCGAUAAAUGUUGUUGAAAUAUAAUUGUUAUCAACGUAAA